UUCAGUCACUCGCAUGUAAUGUAAUCUCAACAAAUUCACACCAAAAGAGAUGGUUGAAAAGCAAGAACAUGAUUCAGAUUGGGACGGAUCUUUUGUACAUACAGGAAAUGAAGAGUUAAUUCGAAUAUUUCUGAAGACAAGGAGAAAUUAUCCGCUCUCUCUUAAACGAAUCACUUGGGUGAAUCGAGGUAAAUUCUUCAGCGAAAAUGAAAUCCUGAUAAAAACAACAAGUCUGGAUCAUACAUCAACUAAUAAUGUUCCCCACUUUCUUAAUAAUGGCACAGCAAAAAUUAUGUUCAGUCACAAAAAGAUUUUGUCAUAUCUUCCAGUGAUAAUUUUACUCAAAAGUUUAAUGAAUUAUACCGAUGAGAAGAUCUUCAAUGACCUGAUGAGAGGAUAUGAAAAUGAUCUUUAUUUUAAGUCAUGUGUCCAAAACAUUUUGACUGAACUUCACAAGGAAAACAUUCACACUCACUACGAUUGCAAGAAUUAUCUCGGACAAAUAUUUCGUUCACGAUUCGAAAAACUCUCACCAUGGAACACAAACUAAGAAGUUGGUGAAUAUCUCAUCUCUUUUAUGUUCAACGUAAAUUCUGUAGAAAAAGUUCAUGAAAUAAAAUCCUAACGUUUUG